AUGCCUAAUCUUCGUAAAUUAACACUGAGUAUUCGUGAUAAACUUGAUCCAAGAUUUUCUCAUGGGCCGAUGAUGGAAUCUAUGUUAAGUAAAUAUGUUCAUCAGCUUGAUAAAUUUGAUUAUACCAUGACACAUCGAAUUAAUGAUGAACCACCAAUUGAAGCUUUUAUUCGAUGGAUAAUGAAAAUUGUAUGUUAUGAAUAUCAAACUUAUAAAUGGAUACAUAUAUAUUCACUUCCAUGGCCAUCAAAUCGACAAGACAAAAGAGAAUUACUCAUAAUCAAUGGCAAAUAUAAUAUAUCGGUUACAUCAGAUGUUAAAUAUAUUCAAUAUAUCAAACAUCUUGAUGUUAAAACACAUGAAUAA